AUUUGUAUAAUUUUUCAUCUUGUACAAUUUGUACAAUAUUUUGUCUUUUUUUUUUUUUACGAGUGGUGUUAUGAUUACAUUCAUGCAACUUCCUUUAGUUUAACGGCUUAACAGUAAACAAUUCCAGUGGCUACACCAUCACUUCGUUAUUCCCUGAUAGAGGACAUUCGGGUUUCCUUAUUUGGAGUUUCAGAUGAUGCUGGGUUAGUAUCUUCAGCUCUGAAGAUGCCUCCGUAUUUGGGCUCAUUUCUUUAGAAUGCUUUCUUAGAAAUGUGUUCUCUAGGCUAGCGGAUAUAAGUAUUUUUAGGCUUCUGACAUAUUAACACUCACAUCUAACGUCUCCUUCAGUGAGUGUUUAACCCAGUGCCCCUAGUCCCUCAGUGACUGUUUGAUGAAUGGACAAGUGACAGAAACAUGACUCAUCCUCUAGCGGGGAUUCUUUGCAUCCAAGGGAGGCUCAUGUCACCCUCCAGGGCAUCAGCACGUCUUCCCCAUCCGUUGGUCCAUCCGUUGGUCAGAACAGCUGAGGAAGCACAGAAGUCUCAGCUCUGUGAGAAGGAUGCGGCUGGAGUUCAUGAUGGGAAAGGACCAGCUAAGAAUAGCCCCGGGUGGACACACACCACUCUCCUCCUGCUCACGGGGAAAACCAUUUCCUCACAUGAAACCAGAACAAGUCAUAUGUUGCAGGCUGAGUCUUAGAGCUCAGAGAAGCUAUUCUCAGAUAUCCUGAGCCGCUGUGGCUGCCGGCAACCCUGAGUUGUGCAACACUCAGUGUGAAAGCCCCACUAUGCUUAAAAUUUUUCCUCCUCACCCCCGGAUUCCACUUCCUCAUCUGCCAGGGCUGCUUAUAAAGAGCAGGGGAGAUGGCUUCUCACUGCAGAAGGACACAGGCAGCAGCGAGCGCCCAGUCCCACCCCGGCUCCGCUGACAUUCCAGGCCACCCUCCAUCCGCUCAGCGUCAUGCAGGUGCCCACGGCUGCCCUCGCCGUCCUCGUCUGUGCCAUGGCCCUCUGCAGCCAGGUCUUCUCUGCGCCAUUUGGUGCUGACACCCCAACCGCCUGCUGCUUCUCCUACGGCCGGCAGAUUCCUCGAAAAUUCAUAGUCGACUAUUUCGAGACCAGCAGUCAGUGCUCCAAGCCUGGUGUCAUCUUCGAAACCAAAAGGAGCCGGCAGGUCUGUGCCGACCCCAGUGAGGACUGGGUCCAGGAAUACAUCAACGACCUGGAGCUGAAUGCCUGAGGGGCCUGGGAGCUUUGAGAAACCCAGCGACCUCAGUGCCCAACCAGGCAGCAGGGUCCUGAGCCUUGGAAACACCCCGUCCCCUCCAGAGCUACCUCUCCUGUGCACUGUGCACAAAAGCAGCCACACUCUCGGGCUCAUUCCUAACUUAAAUAGCAGCUUAUUUAUAGUAUUUAAUUUUUUAUAAUUUAUUUUCCAUGUUGCACUGUGUCUGGGACCGUUUGCUCUGAGAGGUCCCAGGACACCUUCAUCCCCGCCCUUCCCUUCCGCCUUCACUUGCGUGGUGGUGAGAUGCCUUGUUCGAGGCAGAGAUGGCAUCGAUGCCCCCAGACUGACAGCUGCGUGUUGGCUGUUUCUGUCCAGUGAAAUAAUAAAGACGCCCUUUGAAAAAGUAAA